AUGUCGCUCACCUACGCGACAAUCCCGCUUCAAGUCCAAGGAGUGAACCUCCAUCUUUCUACUAUCCAUAGUCUGAGCCCUAAGCCGCCGAUUCUGUUUCUCCAUGGCUUUGGAUCGUGCAAGGAAGAUUUGGCCGAUCUGGUCCUUCAUCCCACUCUGCACCAGCAUGGCUUCAUCGCGUAUGACGCCCCCGGGUGUGGCCACUCCACGAGCGACAGGCUCUCCGCCACCGAUAUCCCUUUCUUAGUCGCCACAGCAGAGGCGGUCCUCGAACACUUCCAAAUCACCCACUUCCACAUCAUGGGCCAUUCCAUGGGCGGGCUCACUGCGCUCCUGCUCGCCCAUAAGCAUCCCGACCAGGUCCUCAGCUUUGUAGACAUCAAGGGCAAUCUCGCACCGGAAGAUUGCUUCCUCAGUCGACAAAUCUUCACCUUCCCGACUGAUGAUCCGGAAGCAUUCCUCGAUGAAUUCAUCGACCGUACCCGCAAGACCAAAUCCCACGCAAGUCCUUUGUAUGCGAGCACGUUGCGCGCGCGAGUCCGGGCAGGUGCCGUGCGACCAAUCUUCGAGUCCAUGGUGCGCCUGUCCGAUCACGGCGAUCUCCUGGAUAAGUUUGUAGCGCUCCCGUGCCCGAGAAUGUUCAUGUAUGGCGAAGAGAAUCGCGGGCUGUCCUAUUUGGGUCUCUUGGAGAAGGAAGGCGUGGAUUUGGCGUACAUUGAAGGGAGUGGGCAUUUCCCGAUGUAUUCCAACCCGGUGGAAAUGUAUCGUCGGAUUGCCCUCUUCUUCGCUCGAACUUCAUAG